AAAUUUCUUCUCCACCAGAAAUUCCGUACGCAGCCGAAUAUUACUUGACAGCUUUCAAAUCCUUCCAGUACAGCCAGUCCACUCGAUGUCAGGCGCGUGAGCUAAACAAAUCAAUGUGCGAACCAAAGUAGCCAGAGAAAUCUAGUCCUCGGAAACCGUGUACAAAAUACAAAGUUUCAAACCGUAAAUCCGUUUUCGUGAUGCUUUCGGUGUCCCGCAUUGCGGUCGGGAACGUGCGAUGCGUACAUCCGGGCUUUGUACGCGCGAGAAAACACAUUUCCGCUGGAGGCUUCACCCAAACUUUUGGCAGCCGGCGGUGGAUAUCCAUCAAGGAAACAGAACAAAAAGCCAUUGCGAGUAGGAGUGGUCCAACAUGUCCGCCACCACCGCCUCCACCUCCAAAACAAUCCUACACGGGUUACAUACUCGGUGCCAUCGCCCUUACGGCAGGUGGUCUAGGACUUGCGUAUUAUAAUGGGAUAUUCGAUGGACCAUCGCCUCCAAUACCACUGGACGACACAAAGGAAGAUCCGAGACGAAAGAAGCAAACAUAUCCGGCUUCAUCGAAAGAUCUUCCAAAACACGUUCCUUACUUGUUGAUCGGUGGAGGAACCGCCAGUAUUGCAGCUUUUCGAUCGAUUCGUGGACACGAUCCUAAAGCGAAAGUGAUGAUGAUCACCAACGAGCUCGAAAUGCCGUAUAUGCGCCCUCCGCUCUCGAAGGAACUAUGGUUUAAUCCGACCGAAACGGAACCACUAAAGUUCCGACAGUGGAACGGUAGUGAACGAAGUAUUUUCUACGAAUCGAACGAUUACUACAUCGAUCCGAGUAAACUCAGUGAUGCAGUAAACGGUGGAGUAGCCGUAGCUCGCGGCUACGAAGUGCACCGGCUGGAUGUGGUAAACCGGAAAGCUAUUCUUACCGAUGGUACGGAAAUAACGUACGAUAAGUGUCUGAUCGCGACCGGUGCUCGGCCCAAAAAUUUGCCCAUCUUUGAAUCGGCUCCACGGGAUGUCCGGGAACGUGUGACCCUAUUCAAGAAUGUACACGAUUUUGAGCAACUGUCUUCAAAGCUGGAUGAUGGCUGUCGGGUUGCAAUUGUUGGUGGAGGAUUCCUUGGCAGCGAGCUAGCCUGUGCAUUGUCCAAAUCGGAGCAAACGCGUAAGAAAAAGGUGGAAGUGUUUCAGCUCUUUCACGAAGGCGGCAAUAUGGCAAAGGUUCUGCCCGAAUAUCUGAGCAGUUGGACGACGGCGCGAUUGCGCGAGGAGGGCGUAACGGUGUGGCCAAAGACACAGGUGAAGGCGGUCGAAAUGCAAGGCGCGAAACUUAAACUUACGCUUAUGGACGACAGUGUACUGCUGGUUGACAGGGUGAUAGUGGCGGUUGGUUCGGAACCGAAUACGGAUCUUGCAAAAACCUCCGCACUCGAGGUUGAUAGCCAGAAUGGAGGGUUUUUGGUUGAUGCUGAGUUGAGAGCAAGAUCAAACGUAUUUGUGGCUGGGGAUGCGGCAUGCUUCUACGACACAAAAUUCGGACGCAGGAGAGUUGAACAUCACGAUCACGCUAUUGUGUCGGGACGAUUGGCAGGCGAAAACAUGGUUGGAUUGAAUAAACCUUACACACAUCAAAGCAUGUUCUGGUCGGAUCUUGGUCCUCGGAUUAGCUACGAAGCGAUUGGUCUCAUCGAUUCUGCCCUGCCCACUGUAGCUGUGUUUGCUAAACGUACUGCAGAAGAGAUGUCUCGAGCGGUCGCGGCUGUUACCGGUGGAGCUAACGACUCGGAAAAGCUUCAAGCAGCAAACGCCAACGUUAGCGUUGAUGUAAAAGCCGUCUCCAUUACAGGAGGAGAGCAAAAGCAAGUGGAGCCAGCAAAAGAACAAAGUAAAGGACAGCAGGAACCGGAAGACAGUUUCGACAAGGGUGUCAUAUUUUAUCUACGCGAUAAGAAAGUCGUCGGAUUGGUGCUAUGGAACGUGUUUAAUCGUAUGGGAACUGCCAGAAAAAUUCUGGAUCAGCACACCGAGUACGACGAUCUAAAUGAGGUUGCAAAACUGUUCAAUCUCCACGAACGACCUGCAGAAGAUGCGGAAAUAGAAGCAGAAUAAUGUGCAUAGCCAGGGUGUAGGAAAUUGUUUCAAAAGCGCACAUAAGUCGUUGCUCUUGUGGUCUGGCGGCGAAGUAUUUUGCUUAAAUCGAACAGUAGAGAACAAGCAUUUGCAAUAAUAAUAUACGGUUAAGUUACAAAAUACAAAUUUCCGUGUC